UAAAACUAAGCUGUAUUUGACUUAUUUCUGAUACUAUGAAGCAAUUAUUUCUGGUCUUAUUCUGUUUAUAUAUGUUUCGCGAGGUAGAACUAUAUACGGCGGAUGUACACUUGUCAUCAAGUCCAUCGAGUAAUAAAAUCAUACUCAAGUCAGGUGCACCAACGGGUUCUAAUACCGAUGUUGUGAUGAAUCAAUUUACUAUUUUAUCUAGCAUUGAUCAAACUAAUGAUUUACCGAUAACUUAUCGGUACCAGAGUAUAAAAGAUGGUUCUUCACUGGGACAAAUGGUAGAAUCAACAACUUCACUUUGUAAUCCUGAACCCGAAACAGACCUAGAUGAAGCUAUGGCAAUGCUGGUAGCCCAAAUCAUGGAUGUUGACGAUCAAAGUUGUCCAAUAAAAUCGGGCGUUUAUACGAAACCAUCUAACUUUGAAAUUGAUUUAUCAAAGAUAGGAACUGUUCUGCAUGAAUUAUUUCUUUUCCCUAAUGAUGAAUAUGCAACUGUAGAACUUGAUAUUGGAGACGGUUCUAUGCAAGGAUAUAUUGAUGUAGAUCAAUGAUGAUCAAAAUUUGGAAACUUCAUGUUAUUACUGAAAAUUAAACAAACUACUCUUUAUAAUUGAUCUAAAUUUAUAGAUUGAUAUAUGAAGCAACAUUAAAAAAAAUUUAUGAGUAUUUAUAAAUUCA